AUGACACAGUCGACCUUUGCGUUCAAGCAGCCGACCAUCACCGAAAUCUUGCCGGUUCCAAAAUCUGACAACAUCCGGUUAAUGUCGCCGGAAUCCAGCGACCAAACUGGUCGUAUUCCGGCUAUCUGGCCGGAAUCUGGCCAAAAUGACUGGAUGGAUCUGGCCAGAAAAUCCUGGCCAGAACAACCGGAUCCUUACCAACUAGCUGGGAUCUGGCUAGAACGGCCGGAAUCCGGCCGUUCUAUGCCGAAUUCUUGCGGUUUUGGCCGGAAUCCGCUCAUGAUUGAGGUCGCUUACAUUCUCAUUCAGGCUGUCAUAUAUGGAGGAAUGAUAUAUGCCAUGAUUGGAUACGAGUGGAUAGUUACCAAGUUCUUCUGGAGUCUCUUCUUCACGUUCUUCACUUUCUUAUACUUCACUUUCUUUGGGAUGAUGACAGUGGCCAUCACUCCAUACCAAAACAUAGCUGCUGUAGUUGCCUCAUCCUUCUAUGGAAUUUGGAACCUCUUCUCAGGCUAUGUCCUUCCACGAAUGUAUAUGCCGGUGUGGUGGAGAUGGUGUUACUGGGCAUGUCCUUUUGCUUGGACCUUGUAUGGAUUGGUUGCUUCACAGUAUGGAGACCUCAAAGACAAGCUUGAGUCUGGUCAAACAGUGGAAGAAUUUAUUACGAGUUUUUUUGGGUUUAGACAUGACUUCCUAGGAGUGGUUUCCAUUGUGACUGUUGGGAUAACAGUUUUCUUCGGAGUCAGCUUUGCCUUUUCUAUCAAGGCAUUCAACUUCCAGAAAAGGUGAUCGAGGAAGGUGGUCAUAAUUUCGCAAAACUUCAUUCAUACUAAAUGCAUAUUCUAAGAGUAAAAUGUUACUUGUUUUCUUAUACAAUGAGAUGAUCAUUUACUCAAGCAAAAAGACACUUCAAAGCAUAUUAGGCUGUAAAAUGCAAAGAGAAGUGAUGAGACCAAUCAAUGGACUAAUGGU